GAAACCGCGGGGAGUUUACUUUUCUGAUCGUUUUUUUUUAUGAGACCUAAAACAGUCGAAAUGCAGCGUGACAAGAAGAAAAAAAGUCACUUGGGAGUUUAUUAGAGGAGAGGAACUCCUCUCAUGGGAACGAGACGGGGAGACGUGGGGCUCUCAUGGCUGCUUUUAUGUCUCUUUUGCCGGUUAUGGACGAGCCGAAGUUCCGCUUGUGGCGCAUCGAUGACGGACGAUGUCCUUCGGCCGUACACGGACGGCCACGGGCCUCGCCACUCGCACCGCUACGUCCGGGACUGUCAGCCCCGCGUGCAUGGCAAUCGUACACACGAGAGCUUUCCCGCCAGUAACCAGAGCGAUUCGCCGUUGGCUGAGACUAAACUAGUCGUGCACAAGCUGCCUGGACGUGUUGUGAGUGGUCACUUUACGGUGGUCAGCGAGCCGCUACGGACCCUUUCGGUGCUCGAGCCAGGACACCCGGGAGGCUGCAACUCUUCACGCUUGGCCACGGUACAGGAGACGACAGAGGCCGCCGGCUGCAUAGUCGCCCUAAAUGGCGGCUUUUUCAACACCGUCACAGGACAAUGUCUGGGCAACCUGGUGAGCGACGGAAGGAUGGUGCGAGACAGCGGCGGAGUGCAGAAUGCUCAAUUUGGCAUCAAGAAGGAUGGGACACUGGUGUUCGGGUAUCUGUCUCAGGACGAAGUCUUGGACCAGUCCAACCCCUUUGUUCAGUUGGUGAGCGGAGUUGUGUGGCUGCUUCGAAACGGCGAGGUUUACGUCGAAUCCAGUCUGGAGGCCGAGUGCGACAAGACGCAGGAGACCGGCGCCUUCCGCUAUUUCACCGACGUCUUGUCGGCUAGGACGGUGUUGGGCCACGACGCUGAGGGAAGGGUGAUUUUAUUCCAGGUGGACGGACAGACAGGAGUAACGGGAAUGAGUCUUUGGGAAACGGCCGACUUCCUGAAAAGUCACGGUGUCAUCAACGCCAUUAAUUUGGACGGCGGCGGCUCUUCCACGUUCGUGUCCAAAGGCUCCUUGGCAAACUACCCAUCUGACACAUGCAAAGCAGACAAUAGAUGGCGUUGCGCUCGAGCCGUUUCCACCGUUCUGUGCGUCCAUCCAAGGCGUUGCCAGCUGUCGGACUGCGGUCCUCACGGAGUCUGUGACGACGGUGUUUGCGUGUGCGAUGUCGGAUGGAGAGGAGAGAACUGCAGUCAAGAGUGCCUGCCUGGUUUUUAUGGCGAAAGCUGCAAUCAGACGUGUGCCUGCAUGAAUGGUGGCUCCUGCCAUCACGUGCAUGGAGGUUGCAGCUGUGCUCCAGGAUUCUAUGGAAAAAAUUGUGAAGAUGGACGCUCGCUGACCAAAGAGCAAGAAAAUCAAUACCUAACUGAAGCAACAUGGCUGAUGCUAACCAUCAUCCUGAGCCUUCUGCUGUUGCUCAGCUUGCUAGUUCUAGCGGCGUGGCUAUGCAGGCGCUCGCCGGCGACCGACUUGCGUGCCAGCUACUCCUACCUGCCUUUGAUCACCACGGACUGAGGGGUGUCUGUGAAAUGCGAAUUGUUCUAGCUCUCUGGAAUUAAUUUCAUCCAGAACAGAAAGCUAAUUGAGAAGUUCCGGUCAUUUCCAAACACUGGAAAAGCUCAAAGCUGUAAGGUUUGUAGCUUUUUUCACUUUCAUCUGUCAACGUUGCACUGUACUUUGAUAUGAAUCAAGGGUUUAAAUAUUUUCAGGGAAAUUAGGACUGACUUUGCUUUUCGAGUUCACACUUAGCAGACAUUCCAGACAGAAUGAUUGUAUUGUAGAUUGAGGGAUUUCUCAGGAAUACGUGCUGCUGCUACCUUUGAGCUGAUAAAAUGCAAAUAUUGUCAAAUUAUGUUUGUAGAACUAUUUCAAUAUUAGUUGAGGGAAUACUAAACAAUUGAAAAAAUAAAAUACUUGUUUUUCCUGUUCUGACAAUUUUCGUUGGUUUAGUGCGGGAGUUGGCAACCCAUGUUUUGAAAGCCGCAUGCGGCUCUUUAGCGCCACCCUAGUGCCUCCCUGGAGCAUUUAUAAAAAUGUUUCAAAACGGAAAAAGAUGGUUGAGAGAAAUACAUUUUUUGUUUUGGUAUGGUUUCUGUAGGAGGACAAAAAUGACACAACCAUUCUUAACGUUUUCCAAUGCUGUAAAUUGUGGAAAAAAUAUUAAAUUACAACAUUUCUGUCAAUGAAGAUUUGCGUCAUAGCCUGUUACACACGUUUCUAUCAGGGCGGGAUGCCAGGCAGGUGGCUAUUGUAAACAAACCGGCAGCCGAGUAUCCUUAGAGGGGCGCAAAAAUAGAUUUAAGAAGUGGAUUGCAUCGCCAAACUCCACUACUGCUGCAUGUUUUGUUGCAACCUGGGAGAUAAUAAAUUGAGGAAAACCACAUGGUGAGUACAUGAAGGAGACAUUCAUCAACAUAUCAGAACACUUAUUUGCAGACUUCAAAAACAAAACCGAGAUAAUAAAGAAAAUCAAAGACAUGCCCAGAUAAGGGGCGUGUUGUGUAUGUUCCAUUUUGUUGUUUUUUUGAAACCUCAAAAUAAAAAUGACAUCAAAAAUCGGAUUUCUUUAUUGAAUUUCUAUAAUUUCAUAAAAGCAAUGAAACAAUUCCUUAAUAUUGUAACGAAGUUAAGCUUGAGGUGGCAUCAUACAACAGAGUAGUCACAUGGUGCGUUGGAUGCACUGCAGGGAAAAAGGCUCAUUAUUAGGCUUUUUUAAGGCUUUUAAUUUUUUGCAGCUCUUGGCAUAUUUGUUUUUUGUUUUUUUGGGCCAAUAUGGCUCUUUCAACAUUUUUGGUUGCCGACCCCUGGUUAAGGGAGAAAAGGAAAAAAACUGGUAGAAUAUAAUGGCACUUUGUUGACGCUAGAGGACGCCAAAGCGAAAUAAGCAAGUAAGGAGGGUAACUAUUCUCUACAUUGGAGCUUUUACUUUUUAGCAGGGCUGUCAAACGAAUAAAAUUUUUAAUCGAGUUAAUUACAGCUUAAAAAUUAAUUAAUAGUAAUUAAUCGCAAUUCAAACCAUCUAUAAAAUAAGCCAUAUUUUCUGUUAAUUAUUGUUGGAAUGGAAAGAUAAAGACACAAGACUGAUAUAUACAUUCAACAUACAGUACAUAAGUACUGCAUCUGUUCAUCAUAACAAUAAAUCAACAAGAUGGCAUUAUGAUAUAUAAAAUAUGCCAUAUUUUUCUGUUAAUUAUUGUUGGAAUGGAAAGACACGACACAAGACUGAUAUACAUUCAACAUACGGUACAUAAGUACUGUGUUUAUUAUAACAAUAAAUCAACAAGAUGGCAUUAACAUUAUUAACAUUCUCUUAAAGCGAUCCACGGAUAGAAAGACUUGUAGUUCUUAAAAGAUAAUUGUUAGUACAAGUUAUAGAAAUUUUAUAUUAAAACCCCUCUUAAUGUUUUCGUUUUAUCAAAAUUUGUAAAAUUUUCAAUCAAAAAAUAAACUAGUAGCUCACCAUAGUUGAUGUCAAUAUUUACACAAUGCUCAUGGUGCUUAAACUCAUAAAAUCAGCACUAAAGCACCAGCAGAUGGAGACAAGAAACACAAGUAACAAGUGGACAUGACACUAGGCUGUCAUUUAAUGUGUUUUAGCAGGGCAUGUGCGUUAAUUGCGUCAAAUAUUUUAACGUGAUUAAUUGUUCAUCAUCGUGUUCAGCUGCUUUACAUGAGUGCAAUAACUCAUAUUCUUUAUUCUUGUUUUUUUUACAUAAUGCACAACUCAGAUUGUAUGUUUUUUGUGGAAUAAUCUAAAUGUGUUAGGGUGUGCGGGAGCAGGAAGGGAUCCCAGUGCAGACAAACGGUUCUGGAGAGUAGUAUUUUAUUAGCGAUCACGAGAAAGAGCGUGGUGGUUGGAAGUUUGCUUGGCUCGGGGUAGUUGAGCUGACGAGGAGGCUCGGAAGGGAGGCAGGCGAGGAAUCCGACGAGGGGCGCGCAGAUCAGGUCCUGGAAACAAAAGAUAUCGUGAGCCGGAGGUAAAAGCCAAUAGGUACACUAGGGAUGCGAGAAUCAACUGACGUGGAAAACAGACAAGUUGUUCGGGCGACGUGGUGGUGCGUCCGCUGGGCUUUUAAGCUGGCUGCUCCACCCGUCUGACGUUCGACCUGUAAUCAGGCAAAACUCCCCUCACCUGAGGCAGGGCUCAGGAAGGAGGGACGGAGGCCCUAACAAAAUGUAACAUGUAUUUGUUACAGUGGUAUGAAAAAGUAUCUGAACCUUUUGGAAUUUCUCACAUUUCUGCAUAAAAUCACCAUCAAAUAUGAUCUGGUCUUUGUCAAAAUCAGAGAUGAAAAAACAGUGUCUGCUUUGACUAAAAGCACCCAAACAUUUAUAGGUUUUCAUAUUUUAAUGAAGAUAGUAUGCAAACAACGACAGAGGGGGGAAAAAUGAGUAAGUGACCCAUCACAUUUAUUACUUUGUGCCCCCGCCCCCUAGACGCUUCCUGUAGCUGCAGAUCAAUCUGGCACAUCGAUCAGGACUAAUCUUGGCCCGUUCUCCUCUAUAAAACUGCUGUAGUUCAUUCAGAUACCUAGGAUGUCUGACAUGAAUCGCUGUCUUUAGGUCGUACCACAGCAUCUCAAUGGGGUUCAAGUCUGGACUUUGACUUGGCCACUCCAGAACGUGUAUUUUGUUCUUCUGAUACCAUUUUGAAGUUCAUUUAUUUCUAUGUUUUGGAUCAUUGUCUUGUUGCAGCAUCCAUCCUCUUUUUAGCUUCAACUGUCUGACAGACGGCCUCAGGUUUUCCUGCAAAACAUCCUGAUAAACCUUUGAAUUCAUUCUUCCAUUAAUGAUUGCAAGUUGUCCAGGCCCUGAGCUAGCAAAACAGCCCCAAAUCAUAAUACUCCCUCCACUAUGCUUCACGGUGGGGUUGAGGUGUUGAUCUUGAUGAGCUGUUCCAUUUUUCCUACACACAUGACAUUGUGUGUCGCUCCCAAACAAUUAAACUUUGGUUUCUUCAGUCCACAGGAAUUUUUGCCAAAACUCCUGUGGAGUGUCAAGUGCCUUUUUUUGCGAACAUUAAACAAGCAACAAUUAUUUAAAAAAAAAAAAACAUUUUUAAGACAGCAGAAGCUUCCUCCGUGGAGUUCUCCCAUGAACACCAUUCUUGGCCAUUGUUUUACAUAUAGUUAAAGUAUGCACAGAGAUAUUGGACUUCUGCGAGUGAUUUCUGUAAGUCUUUAGCAGACACUCUAGGGUUCUUUAUGACCUCUCUCAGUAUUCUGCGCUGAACUCUUGCCGUCAUCUUUGGUGGUCGGCCACUCCUUGGGAGAGAAGCAACAGUGCCAAACUAUCUCCAUUCGUAGACAACUUCUCUGACUGUCGAGUGAUGAACAUCCAGACUUUUAAAGAUGGUCUUAUGUCCUUUCCCAGCUUUAUACAAAUAAACAAUCCUUGAUCGCAGGUCUACAGACAGCUCUUUUGACAGGGCCGUGAUGCACACCUGACGAUACUUCUCAUCAAGACACUUUUUACCAGGUGUGUGUUUUAUAGUGGGCAGGGCAGCUUUAAACCACUCAUCAGUAGCCACGUUUACAUGCUGACUUUUAUUCAUACCGAUUCAAAUAAUUCCGAAUGGAAAUUUUACAUCAGCUGUUUACAUGUCACUUCAUCUAUUCCGAUCCAGCAUUUACAUGUGACUGCCUUUAUUCCGAAAGGACGUUUGACAACUGCCGUCUGACAUGCGCAGAUUAAUCAAAACAAAGCGUCACGUUGCAAAACAUGGAGAUCGAUCGUCAGAUCAGCUGCUGUUUUAACUUUUCGAGUGGAAACAAAACUUCAGAAUGAUACGCCGUUCAUUUAAUUAGUUGUGUGGGUGCGCUGUGCGUGUGCUUGGAAGCCAUGUUGAAAGUGACGUUACUUACGUCACCAAGUGACGUCAACACGUCAGUACGGAGCAUGCGCAGAAAGAACGCAACCAGACACCAUUCCGCUUCCCUGUUUACAUGAUAUAAUUUUACUUCUAAUCGGUUUGGGAAAAGGAAUAUUCCACCCCUGUGAAUCGGAAUGAAAUUCCAUUCGGUUUGGGCCUGUUCAUUCCGAAUGAGGUGUUUAUAUGGAACACAUGUAUUCGGUUUGAACAAAUAUUCCGAUUGUAAUUGGAAUAUUUGGCUCCAUGUAAACGUGGCAAAUGAUUGGACACCCACCUGACUUAAAUUGUUCGUUAAAAAUUGGUUUCAAAUGCUCUUUAAGUCUCCUUAGGCGGAGGGUUCACAUACUUAUUUUCCCCCUUCUGUCAUCGUUUGCAUGCUAUCCUCAUUAAAAUAUGAAAACCUAUAAAUGUUUGGGUGAUGAUGAUGAAACUUUUUGAUGAAACUAGUUACAACAUGGGUGGUUUUAGUUACAACAUACACUGUAUUUGCAUCUGUGUGAUUUUGACAAGAUUUGAUCACAUUUGACGGAGAUUUUAUGCAGAAAUGUGAGAAAUUCCAAAAAGUUCAGAUACUUUUUCAUACCACUGUACGUGUUUCGAUGCAUUUUUAUUCAUUAUAAAAGACAUGUCUGAAUUUGGGGGGGGCUUGGAACGGAUUAGGGCAUUUACAUGGAAAGCGCGUUUCAAUUUACAGAAUUUUCAAGUUACGAAACGACUUCCAGAACCAAUUUCGUAAGUAGAGGUAACACUGUCCAUUGUAUUCACUUUUAAAUGAAAUGCAUUUAAUUUGGCACACUUGAUCAGUCUUGUUGUUAAGAAACCAGCAGACUUUGUAACUCGGAGGACUUUGCCACUGUUUUCAAGUCAGUCAUGCUGAUGCAACACCACACUAAAAGUCCCUUGUGUGCGCAUGUGUGUCAUUCUCUCCCCUGGGUGUGUUUGUGUUCAAAUACCGACGAUCUGACACUCCACCCAAACUAUAAAAAUAUGUGUCAUGAUAAUUAUACUAAAAUGUGUGAAUAAAGGCAGAAGAAAGUCAAAGCUAAAAAAGCAAAAGUGUCACAAGGUUAGUGUGUCUCAUCGGCGCCGCCCACAUUCCCGUCGGCGUGUUUACGUCCAGAGUGCGGGAAGGUCGUGACCCCGUGGGUCGCCAGAGAUAGAAUUCAGCUGGGAUAUUUUUUUCAUGCGCUAAGAAACAAAAAUAUACAGUGCCCUCCAUAAUUAUUGGCAUCCCUGGUUAAGAUGUGUUUUUUAGCUUCUAAUAAUUUUUUUUAAUUCAAAUAAUAUGGGACCUUAUUGGAAAAAAAGAGAAAAUUCCAACCUUCAAUACAAGUGGAUUUAUUCAGUGGGGGAAAAAAUCCCACAUAAAGAAAUAAUUAUUUGACAUCAAAUAAAGAUGUCCCGAUCGAUCGGGUCCGAUCACGUCAUUUUCAAAGUAUCGGAAUCAGCAAAAAAAUAUCGGACAUGCCUUUUUUUAAUAUAUAUAUAUUUUUUAAUUAAAUCGUUUUCUAAUUGUAUUUAACGUUACAGACAAAAUGUCUUACAUUCAUCCAGAGUCUUUAGUUUUGGCUUAAAGUAGGGCUAUCAAAUUUAUCGCGUAAACAGCGGUAAUUAAUUUUUUAGAAAUUAAUCACGUUAAAAUAUUUAAUGCAAUUAACGCAUGCGCUGCACGACCCACUCACGCAUUGUCGCGUUCAAUCUAUAAUGGCGCCGUUUUACCUAUAUAUAAAGCUAACAGGCAAGAUAAAAUGAGUAGAGAGAAUUUUGGCAGUCUAUGGAGCCUCUUUUUAAUUGGCUAAAGCCUUAAAAUCCCUCUCUCAACAAUUAGAAAUAUCGUGGGAAGCAAUGUGGGGAAGAACGGUAGUGGUUGAUCUUUUCCUUAACACCCUAUGUGACUUCCCAACGCAGAGAAGAUAUAUCAAUUGGUGCCAUUACGCACAGUCAUAGUUACACUUCCCAUCAUGCAUUUGGGCAGAACAGUUAAAUGGCUACAGUAUCAUUUACUGAAAGCUCAACAAAUACACUAGAUGGCAAUAUUUAGUCACAAUAUACAAAGUCACAUUUAUCCUUUAAGAAUUACAAGUCUUUCUAUCCGUGGAUCCCUCUCACAGGAAGAAUGUUAAUAAUGUAAAUGCCAUCUUGAGGAUUUAUUGUCAUAACAAACAAAUACAGUACUUAUGUACUGUAUGUUGAAUGUAUAUAUUCGUCCGAGUUUUAUUCAUUUUUUUCUUAAUGCAUUGCCAAAAUGUAUAUGAUCUGGAAAAAUUAUCGGGAAUGAUUGGAAUUGAAUCGGGAGCACAAAAAAAAGCAAUCAGAUCAGGAAAUAUCGGGAUCGGCAGAUACUCAAACUAAAACGAUUGGGAUCGGAUCGGGAGCAAAAAAACAUGAUCGGAACAACCCUAACAUCAA